GGAGGUGUCAGAUUCCGUGCGGCAUCUCCCAGGUGCCCGCUAGGCAAGCCCUCCCCGGGAACCUGCCUUCAUGGAGGUCUGGCUACUGAUCUCUGGGCACACUGCGCCAGUUUUCCGGCCUGGAACCUGGGGGCCUCCGCAAGGUGCUCUGACCAGUCUUUUCCAGGUGUGCGACUGAAUCUGCCUCCACUGCCGGAUCUUUCUCUUCGGGGCGCUCGGUUAAGACCGCUGCCAUGCCGGUGACAGUGACCCGCACAACCAUCACAACCACAUCGUCCUCAGGUCUGGGGUCCUCAACUAUUGUGGGGUCUCCUCGGGCACUGACCCAGCCCCUGGGCCUCCUGCGCCUGCUGCAGCUAUUGUCCACCUGUGUGGCCUUCUCGCUGGUGGCCAGUGUGGGCGCCUGGAUGGGCCCCAUGGGUAACUGGUCGAUGUUCACCUGGUGCUUCUGCUUCUCCGUGACCCUCAUCAUCCUCAUCGUGGAGUUAGGUGGGCUCCAGUCCCGCUUCCCCCUGUCCUGGCGUAACUUCCCAAUCACCUACGCCUGCUACGCGGCCCUCUUCUGCCUGUCGUCCUCCAUCAUCUACCCCACCACCUAUGUGCAGUUCCUGUCUCACGGUCGCACCCGGGACCACGCCAUCGCCGCCACUGCUUUCUCCUGCAUCGCGUGUGUGGCGUAUGCCACUGAAGUGGCCUGGACCCGGGCAAGGCCGGGUGAGAUCACCGGUUACAUGGCUACCGUGCCAGGGCUGCUCAAGGUGCUAGAGACCUUCGUAGCCUGCAUCAUCUUCGCCUUCAUCAGCAGCCCCCACCUGUACCAGCACGCGCCGGCCCUGGAGUGGUGUGUGGCAGUGUAUGCCAUCUGCUUCAUCCUGGCAGCUGUGGCCAUCUUGCUGAACCUGGGGGACUGUACCAACAUGCUGCCCAUCCCCUUCCCUAGCUUCCUGUCAGGCCUGGCCCUGCUGUCUGUCAUCCUGUACGCCACUGCACUGGUCCUCUGGCCCCUGUACCAGUUCGACGAGAGGUAUGGUGGCCAGCCCCAGCGGGCAAGGGAUGGGGGCUGUGCUAUCAGACACCCCCACUCUGUGUGUAGCUGGGACCGCCGACUGGCUGUGGCCAUCUUGACAGCCAUCAACCUGCUGGCCUACGUGGCCGACCUGGUGUACUCUGCCCGCCUGGUGUUUGUCAAGGUCUAAGACUCACAAAGGGCUCCCGUGUCCCUCCUUCCAACCUCUUCAUUCUUCUCAUCGGCGUUGUCAGUUGUCUUUAUCUCCUGAUUCCUUCUUUCCCCUCCGUUUUCUUCACGCUGUCACCAACUUUUCUCCCCUUUCCUCCUGCCGUUUCCUUCCUUCCUGUUGUUUGCUUGCCCACAUCCUGUUUGGCCCUGAGCUGUUUCUGCAUCUUCUUAUCUCUGGUUUUUCCUUUGACCCGUUUCUGGAUCAUAUCUCCCUCCUUUGGGAGCCCUGAGACCUUUCCAUCUCCCUCCACCCCACCUCCAAAGGUGCUGAGCUCUACACAUCCCAACCCCUCACUGCAGCUCUUCAUGCCUGGCCUCCUCAGGGGCCUCAUUGCCAAAGCAUGUCUGCCCGCCCUAGCUGUGCCUUAGUUCUUGUGUAUUUGUGUGUUGGGGGAGGGGGGAGGGUGGGUAGCUAGGCAUCAGCCCCCCAUUCUCCCAGUGGAGGAGGGUGUACAGUGUGCCUCCCCUUUAAACUAAAAAAAAAAAAAAAAACUCUGGAGGUCAAUAAUUCC